AUGUGGGCUAUUGCAGGCUUGAUAUCGGUGCUUCUAGCCCAGGCUGCUGCAUUUGACUGCUCUGCCAAAGAAUUGGAGCAUUACAACUUUGAGCUCUUGAAAGGGAUUCAUCUGGUGACUUCUCUCAAGGAUACGCCUCCUUCACAGACAAAUUUGACGUGGUAUUUCGGCAUUUGUGAGCCGAUUAAAGAAGGUCUUGAUGCCUGUCCCCAGAAUCUGGACGUAUGUGGAAUCACCUCAAUCAUUUUGAAAGGUGACAGCAAGAACAGGGUCAUUCUGGAAAUUGUAAGCUUCAACACCAACUUACAGAAGACAUAUGAACCCUUUUCUGAUUCUGAAAUCGAUUCUACAGGUAUUGCAAUUUCGUAUACUGGCGCCACUUGGGGAGACAAUAGCAUAAAUGCUGCACUCCGCUUUGUUUGUCCGCCCAAGAAUAACGAACAUAUACUCGACAAGUUCAAAUUAGACAGCUGGGACGGGAAGAAAUUGAAAGCUUCUAUGUAUUCAAAGGCUGCUUGUAUAACCAGUGAUAAGGAUAAAUUGAAGCCGCCACCAAAGAAACCUGACAAUGGCGAGUCCUGGGGCUGGUUCACGUGGAUAUUCAUCUUCUUGGUGUUGUUCUUAUCGAUCUACAUCGUCGGCGGAGCCUGGUUCCAGUACAACAAGGGCAAUGCAAUCGACUUCUCCAGCGCCUUGAGAGAGGUGUUGGACAACUUUGUAGAGUUGUUGAAGGGAAUACCUGCCUUCAGCAGAGAGAUCAUCGAGAAGUUCACCAGCAACAGCAACAGAGGCGAAUAUAGUGCUGUGUAG